AUGGUUAUAUUAGAACAUUUUGAAGUAGCUACACGAAAACUAUCAUCUGAUUCUUCACCAAUAUUAUCAAUUAUUUUAUCUGUUCUUACAAUUUUAAUUACAAGUCUCGAAGAUCGAUCUACUGAUUCUUCUCUUUUAAAGAAAAUAAAAGAUACAUUUCAUGGUAGUAUUGAGGAACAGUUCAAAAUAACAUACAAUAAUAAAUUAGAAUUAUUUUAUCCACAUUGGAAAAAUUUUCAACGUUCAUCUUAUAAGAAUUAUGUUGAAAGAUUAUCAUUAUUAAAUAAAUUGCAGGCAUUUGAAGCAAAACAACUUGCAUAUUUAUAUUUACAAGAACAAUAUAAUAGUUUGCUUGAAAACAAUUUAGUUACUUCAUUCUUUCAAUAUUCAACAACACGAAGAAAAAGAAAAAGAAUUUGA